AUGAUGCAGCUUCAGAAAGCCGGGACACUGAAGAUUAAGUAAGGUAUGUUAUAGUUACAUAAAAACCGCAGGAAAGGGUCCAGAUGAUUAGAUAGACGUUACAUAUAUAUAACGUCCAUAACCUGAACCACAUUUUAGACCGGUCAGUAAAUUAAUAGAGUGUUUGUCGGGUAUUUUGUUUAACCAGAAUUCAACAAGGGACACGACUAGCAGCUGUUUGGUUCUUCACUGCAGGUGAGAUUAGCAAAGGAAAAAACAGGAUGUUCAUCCUUUAUGUUUGAAUUUGAAUAGCUGGAAAGUAAAUAUGAAAUCAAGACCCGAUUCAGAUAAACUUUGAGUUUUACCAGCUUAGUGGUAACAUGAAUGAUCAGUUAGACAAGAAUUGAAGUACCGAAACUAUAAUAGCGUAUAAAAACUUUCGUUAUGAAGCCUUCCUUUGACUGCGAUAUCAUGAACGUCGCUCCGGAGGUAAUCGAGCAGAUAUGGAUCUAGCUUGAACUUUUAAUGUGAGCUAAGUCUCUUAUUUUUGUAUGUUCGACUCAGUUAAACUUGUCUUGAGUGCAACUUCCUUUUUUCGUGUUUUUGAUCAGUUACAACUGCACACCUCUUUAAACCUGCAUAGGUUUAGGGUCUGACGGAUUAUGCUCGAAUAACCGAUUAUUAUGGUGUUCGGCAUCGCCCACAAAACAAGGUAAAACGCUUAAAUUAUUCUCAGCUGUAGGUAUUAGUCCUCUAAUUGUGCCGGUCUUUAAACCACACUUUUCUUCCUCGUAUCCACUAAACAUUCCUACACAGUCAUUGAUAUUGCUUUUGAAAGAAAAAAUUGUUAGUGUUGGAGUCGGAAACCUGGCUUUGCAGGUAAUCAGGCGGAGGUAGUCGACCGUAGGCCAAAAUGCUCUUGACACGAGAACCUCUUUUGGACUGGGGCAUUCAGCUCCUAAAUGACCACGCUUUUAUGAAUUUUGUAAAUCCUUGCUGGCGCUAACCUUGGAAAAAUUAGUAUACAGACGGUAUACAAUAUUCAAAUCACUGUAGUACAAUGUCGGAUUAUGCUUAGACCAAAACUGUUUGUGUUGUGCUGACAUUACAUAUAUUUCGGGAUAAUGCUAAUAUAAUAUGGCUCAAAGGUAUUCCCGCCGGCUUAUUCCAUCUUCAUCUGUGGUUAACUAUACCGACAUUUUGUCCGCUGUUUGAACUCGAAAAAGUCGGAACACUUAUUAAAUGAACUUAAGCCGUAGCAACACUCGAAAGUUUUUUUUAGUGUAUGGUAUAGCCUGGGCCAUUUUGUAAAUGACGAUUGGCCGAAUUCAGUUUUAAUCUUCGUGGACUAAAAGGAAUGCAUGGACGAACUUGGUAAGUUCGAAAAAUAUCUGUCACAUAUAGAAUAAGGCAAGAUGUGCUUUUGUUCAAUGUCAGCGAAAACUGCUUGAGGAAAUGAAUUUCCCGAGCUUUUGCAAUGCGAUUUACAGUCACGUUUUCGACUCAGGAACUGACCAAAACUCAGUGGAUUAACCAAGCCGAACCACAGAAUAGCUUUACGACCCCUUUACCAGUUUGGGUUUGGGUUAGCAAAGUUUAGGAACAAACAGUAACCACCCGAGAGUAAGUACCUGUUAGGCUAAAAUUUGCCAGUAAGGCCCAAUCUGUACAAGAACCUAUUUAGCCUAAAAUUGAAACAGUUUCUUACAUUCUAAAAUCUAUGUAAAAAAAAAAACCAGUUUGUACACUUGGGCUAAUAAGAUAAGUCGACAACAUUCAGAAUCCUUUUUGGAGACAUAGGUUCCUCAUGCAAUGUAAUGGUAUUCAGAUUAUACAUAAGGAAUAAGCUAUAAUAAUAAUCAUCAUCUUUAUUGAGGAAACUUUUUCAUAAAAGAUAUGGUUUUCAAAAAGGACCUCAAAACUAGAUAUAUAUUAUACAAACAAAAAAAAGCUAUAAAAUUGCAAAGGGAUUAAAAAGAUACAAAAAAUGCAUAAAAAAUUAAAAAUAAGUAAAAAUUAAACGUAAGUAGCAUAGUUAUUAGAGGAGACUGGUUAUGAAAAGCGGCAAACAUCAAUGAUAAAAACAACAGUGCUGCAGUUUAUGUUCAAAGCACCGUGAAAGUGCACAAUCCUUUGUUUUCUGUUGGCAAAUUGUUACGGAAUAAAUUAAUGCAACGUUUUUAUUGGUCAAUACAAUCAAAAUGAUAGGAAUUCUUUUGAAGGUUGUGCACUAUCAGGUCCACAAAAACAUAUAACAAAGGAGUCUGACGGGUUUCAUAACCAUUCCACUCAAUUAACUAUGUAAGUAGCUAUAUUUAAGUUUUUAAAAAAACUUAAAAACAUUACGUUUAAAACUAUUUACAUUCCUUGAGUCUUUGAUCGUCUGACUGAGGGAGUUAAAAUCGGAAACGGCAUGAUAUUGUGUUCUUUGCUUCCCCCAAUUUCUUUUGACACGUGGUAAUCUAAAAUUGCCUUUGUUACGUGUAUUAUGCCUAUGAAGUACGUCUUGUCUAAUCAAGUCCAUAUCGUGAUUAAUUAGGCCAUUCAUGCAUUUGUAUACGUGUACACACCUUCUUUGAAAUCGCCUUUUCUCUAGAGGCAGCCACUUGAGAACGGCUAAUGCCUCAGUGGAGGAUGAGUACAAUGGUCUAUUUAAAAUAACUUUAGCGGCCUUAUUUUGCAAAACUUGCAAACUAGACAUAAGGGUAAUAUUAUGUUUAUCGCCCCAUACUAGAUCAGCAUAUUCAAAAAGGGGCAUAACAAGACUUUUAUAGAAAAGUAGACGCGCCCUCUAAAUACUCUUAGCUACAAUGUGUUUUUUCUCCAGAAAAUAAGAAUCUAUUGUGCUAAUUAUACCAUUUAAGUAAGAACCUGUUAAGGCUAACUUGGGAAAAUGCAAGUUCCUACUGUAUAUAAUGUCUGACAUGUGAUCAUUUCAGUUUGUUUUGUGCCGCAAAUAAGUCAUGUUAAAAUAGUUUCUUUAUUAAAUUUGUUAGUCAUAAAAGUCGUGUUCGACCUGAAGAAAAGGAUUUGGCUGGUAAUAUUUCGUGGGCCCGUCAAUGCUUGGUUUGACUUUUUCUUUUGUCUCACAGAGAAGGCGCCUCUUGAGGUUUCUACAUAAUCCACUUAGAGAAUGGGAAUAUAAUGGCAUCUCGCGGUCGAAAAAUCCAAGGUUUGUGGCUGCCAAUACGGUAUUGUUUUUAGUUGUUUUCAAUUUAACACAUGCACAGCAAACAACUAGUCGUCUUCUUAUUUCUGAUAGCGUUCUAAAAAGUUAGGUAAAGACGGUUUUUUAAACCUUCAUUGUCAAUUGUAAAGUCAAUCGAAAUAUAAUAUUUAAAACUUAAUGCUUACGUAUGAUUCAUGUGAUCUGUGACUACUUUCGAAGGUUUCUUUAAUUUUAUUGCAAUCUAAUUUUACUCGACGUUAAAUUCGUAGUUUUCAGCGGUUUUGCUUAAUUUAGAAUCGCAGCAGUGCUUUAAUGGAAGUAAUAUUUUCUUUGGUUUCCUUCUUUGCCGCAAAGGAAAGUCGUAUGGUCAGAAGAGACCACCACUAACACACAUUCUAAGAAGCAUCCUUGAAAGAUAUCCAGAUGGAGGACAAAUCUUAAAGGUACCUUGACAAGUUUCUUCUCUAGGAAAUAUUUCAGCAGCAUCACAAGAGUGUUAGCCAGUCACUAGACGAAGUAUACAAUAUAGAGCAUAAUAAAUUAUAACAAUUAACAAGAAUCUUUGCUAUAAAAGACCUACAAGCCCUACACUAAUCUAAACAUCUCGGAUGCGAAAUGUGAAUUUGUCACUUUAUGAUGUGGACUUGCAAAUCCUGUCAAGUUACAAGCCAAAAUAUUAUUGCAACCUUAUGAGCUGAUAAACCUCUCUAAUUCUUUGAAGAGAAAUUUAAUAAACUUAAGAGGUUAACAAAUUUCAUCGCUGAAGUUAAGCUAGGAGUCAGAGGAGUCAGACGUUUGAUUCUCUUAUCCAGAGGACAGCAUCUAUGCCUACUAGCUUCCACGUCUUGAAAAAAGGAUAAAGGGCCGAUUCUUUGAAAAGCAAAAACGAAAUGCAAAAACUCCAAAUUCGUUUUUAUAAAAGCUUCAGAAAUAAAUAUCGCCAUGCACUGGGAAAUUUUUUCGAAAGAUUUUUCAUUUAAAUGUUAACAACAAAGGAUUUUUGUCAAAAGACGCAAAACUGAGUAAGAAGGACAAAACCUCCAGAGUGACUGAGUCUGUGGGAAUGACUGUAUUUAAGGCAAAACAAGUGAUUAAAAGUACAAAUAUGUGUCAAAAACCCUGCUCAUUGAACAACUCAAAAAAUGCAGUUGAAAGAGGGUCGCACGAUCGUAUGACCACGCUUAGGAUUUCAGUUACAUUGCAUUUUCAUAUGAAAUAAUGUCGGCGUAUUACUGAAAUCAAACUUACUUUAGGAAACCUUAAAUAAUCCAGUACUCAAUUUCUAUCUUCACCAAACGAGAACUUAAACUUUUCAGUGCUCUCUCAAAACGAAAAAACUCCAGCGUUAACGUCUGAAUUAUGGCUCAUAAAUAUCCAUAUGAGGUGAAACUGUCUACAGCCGGUAACAUUUACACGAAAGCGUGGUCGUCGACUACGUUUGUUUAACUUAAAAAGAAACCAAAACAGCAAUAUUAACAUGUGAUUUUCUUUUCGCUCAUAGUAUGAAUAAGGCCAUACAGAGUAAUGCAAUAAGAAAGCCUUGGGCAUCUUAAUAUCCUCAACGAUUUCAAUCAAAUGACUGUUUGAUUUGUCACAUUACAGGAAAUUAUCCAGAAUGCGGAUGAUGCCGGUGCCACGAAAGUGUCAUUCCUUCUUGACUCCCGUCCAAAUUUCUUUGGAAAGAACUCGUUGUAUGAACCUAGUCUUGCAAAAUUCCAAGGGCCAGCCUUGUACGCGCAAAAUAAUGCUCUAUUCGAGGAAGAAGACUGGGAGAACCUGGAGAGACUGAUGAGAAGCAGUAAGAAGGACGAUCCCUUGAAAGUGGGUCGCUUUGGCAUAGGCUUCAACUCUGUUUACCACAUGACGGGUAAGUGCAAUAACAAGUGCCUAUCUGACACUUCCUUGCCCGGAAAGGCCUCAAAGUACCCUCAGGUACUUCAGAUUUAGUCGCCCACCUCAUGAAGCCAUUAUUGGUGACUCUUCACAUACACAACACCCUCGUUUCCGCCUUUGCUGUACGUUAGGAUGUAUUUUAAGCUUGGUCUUUUCAGGGGCACCCAACGAGGAUAUAGUUCAAAACCAAUUAAACAUAGCAUUGUUGAACGUAUUUUAGUAUUUAAACGGUAGAUAUAGGCAUCCUUAAAAUUUUUUCAUCUGUUCGGAUUUCCUAGCUGAAAGGCUAGUGAUCCGAAAAUUGUAAGGAUCAAGACUUACCUUUUCGAAAAUUUCAGCCAGAAAAAAGGCUCCCGAAAAUUCUAGGUAGCCUUUUUAGAGUAAAAAUCCGUUAAAAUGAUAGAAUGAUAGAAAAAUGAUAGAAUGUGCAUGCCUUUUUAUGAGGGCAACUCGUCUGCCAACACUGGUUAACCUUUUAAUUUGAUACUAAGAAACUUCUCGCCAUCACACUCUUAGAUCUCCCAAGCAUAGUGAGCGGAGACACGAUAGCAUUCCUUGAUCCUCACGAAACACACUUUGGAAAAGCAGAAACGGGCCAACAAUUUUCCCUCGAAGACCAGCUUCUCCAAGACUACCGAGAUCAGUUCAAGCCAUAUGAAGACGUCCUAGACUGCAAGAUUUCGAGGCAAUAUUACAGUGGAACUUUAUUUCGUUUUCCCCUUCGAAAUGAGCCGUCUGACUUAUCGACAAAGAAUUACACAGCGGAGAAAGUUCGAAAAUUGUUUCAUGCGCUAGAAAAGGAAGCCUCUGUUAUUCUCCUUUUCCUAAAGAAUAUCGAAGAAAUAGCUUUAUUUGAGACCGAUCAAUCCAACACUACGAGGCAGGUGUUUAUCGUGAAGCUGAGUGACAGAUGCAGACAAGAGAUUCGACAAAAGAAGAAAUCACUGUUAAAGCAAAUAAAGUUGUUAAGCGGAAGGUCGGUCAGUAACACAAACAUUUCCCUAACCUUAGAAAUUGAAGAAUACUCAGCAAAAGGUAUGGUGCGGAAUCACAAGUGGCUGGUUUACCAUCAAAUCGAUGCUCGAGACUCAAACCUCCAACGCUUGUCUUCCGAAUUAGGUCUACUUCCGUGGGUUGGAUUUGCUACCCCUUUGGUAGCAUCACAACGUCAAGCACUCUCCUCAAAUGGAGGAAGACUUUUCUGCUUCUUGCCGCUUCCACCGGAUGCUGAUUCUAAAACUGGAUUUCCAGUUCAUGUUCAUGGCUACUUUGGUUUAACGGACAACCGACGAGGGCUUAAAUGGCCAGGCCUGGACUGUCAAAAUGAUCCGACCGCUGAAUGGAAUGUCCGACUGUUGGAGCGAGUUGGAAGUCAAGCAUACGCCUUCUUGUUGGUUGAGUUGGUUGAAAAACAGAUGAACGAGCCAUGUGACAUGUCGAUAAAAGCAGAUUUAUUUUACCAAUCCUGGCCAAACCUCCGUUAUGUGGAAAAUCACUGGAAGGGAAUGCUGAAGCCAAUGUUCUCGAUUUUGAGGGAAAAGACUGUCUUAUGGUCCCUAUCAGGCAAGUGGGUUAGGCCCCAAGACGCUUAUCUUGACAGAAUAAACAGCUCCCCUGAAAUUAGGCAAGUGGUUUUAGAAACAUUUACUCAAGCACACGAGUCCGUCGUUACAGUACCACACCACGUACUUGAAGUGAUUGACAAUAUGAAAUGGACCACACUUAGCAUCACGCCUUCAUUCAUGAGGAGUCUUUUAAAAAAGAAACAGAAGGGAUCGUGGAAUAUAACGAGUGUUCCCAAAACGAAGAAGCUUAAGUUACUAGAGUACGUUCUCCAAGACGACAACCUGAUGGAUAUACAGGGCAUACCUUUACUUCCCCUGGCAAAUGGAAGCUUUGAUGAAUUUCGUUCACUUGAAUACAACCGCGACUCUAGGGCUGCCGUUUAUGUUUCAACAGCAAGGCACCCACGUUCUCUUUUCUACAACAUGGACAGCAAAUUUCUUGAGGACACCGUUCAGUGCCCUGCCUUAGAUAAAUUGUCAAGGGCCGCUUUUGACGUAAGAAAGACACAAAAGACAUUGCCCAUGCAACUUGUGAAGAUGAAUCAAACCAUUGCACUCAGUCUUCUACGACAGGUGUUACCAAGAGAGUGGUUUCAAGCCGAGCACUUCGCUUGUUGGUACCCGGGACAAAAUGGACAUCCUCCAGAAUCUUGGUUGCCUUCAGUGUGGAGGUGGAUCCAAAGUGAUUUUCCCAAUGAUCUUUCGCCUCUUGAGGGGUUUCCUCUCAUUCCCCAGACAAACUCAGGAUGCCGCACCAUAGUGAAGCUAAAAUCAUCGAGCCUAGCAAUUAAAAAGAGCGACCAAAAUCUCCAUUUACCGCAACAGAUCGUCUCUUUGCUAAAAAAGGUUGGGUGUGUUGUUAUCGAGAAUCUUCCGCCAUUUGUGAAUCACGUAUCUAUGCACAAGUACAUUGCCUCUGCUGUUCCUACCGGCGUCUUGAACGUCUUACAUGCUCUUGGUCAACAAACAUGUGUUAUGAGGAUUUCAGCAUCGUGUUCUGCAGAGGAAAAGCGAGCCUUGCGCGAGUACCUGUCGUCGACGUUUUUGAGUUCCGAUCAAAAGAACCUUCUUCAACACCUGCCAAUUUUUGAUGGGGCUGAUAGAAGAUCAUUCCUUGCGACGAAGGAGGGAUUUCAAGUCCGCACAGUAGCUCCAUUUAACUUUGAACUUCCCCACUCCUUGCCACUACCGAAUGCCUCUAACAUUAUAAUCCCAGGGGAUUAUCAGUCACACUCCCUACUACAACACCUUGGAAUCCAGGGGAUGACUCCAACAGUUUUCCUAUCUUCAGUUGUCUUUAGUGGAAUAAAAAACGGCUUCUACAGUCAGCAACAGAUUUCAACUCUGAUGAGCUGGGUUUUGAGGCAGUACAACUUAAUGCAAGAUCUCUCAUUCCGUGCAUCACUUCAACAGCUGCCUUUUGUCCUUACUCAGAGUAAAAGAUUAGUUACUCCUUGUGAAGUUCUUGAUCCUAGGCAACCUGUUUUGCGACAACUUUUUGAAGGGGAGAGCGAUAGAUUUCCUCACGAAGACUUCGUAAAGGAUGACAUUCUUCAGAUCCUGCAGCAACUUGGAAUGAGAAGCUUCCCAAAUGAAAUGGAUAUUCUGCACGUCGCUAAAACAGUGCAAAAUUUUGCAGACGAUGUUGCAUCGCGUAAAGCGUUGGCGCUCCUGAACUUCCUCGAUCAAAAUUCAUCGAUGUUAAAGUCAGAAUGGGUUGUUCAAGGGCUAAAGAAUGAAAGAUGGAUCCAGCAAAAGAAGGAUCCUCCUCCUUCGUAUCCCCGUUCCAUGCCUUGGUUUGUGGGCAAAGCAAGGUUCUAUAAACCGUCCGAAGUUCGCAGCCAGUCAAAGGCCUACCUUUUUGGCGUUUCUUUUCCCUUGGCCACUAAGCUCUGCAGCAAUGCACUUGAGGUUGCAUUCGGUUGGAGACAGUUCCCUACCGUCCAACAGCUUCUUCAACAGCUCCGCUCCGCGUGCUCUGGACCAAUUAAGUCAAUGAAUGGGAGCGAAAGAUAUAAUUUUCAAGCAAUGCUUACAGAGAUCUAUCAAGAAGCCUCAAAGAACGCUGAUCUCGUCAUUAGCAUGAUAAAAAAUGAUCCCUCAUUUCCAGCAUGGAUUUGGCAUGGCCAUGGCUUUACGCUGCCAUCCGAUGUAGCGUUUGUACGGUCCUGCAACAUCGACUUCAAGCCUUACCUUUUUGAGGUUCCACAAGACUUUCAUACAUUUCGUCCCUUUCUUCAACGAUGUGGAGUUCGUGAAACAUUUGCGAUUUCAGAUCUGCUGAGAGUUCUUGCAGUGGUUAAAGAAAAACACGACAGAAGUAGCGUGCGUGUUGAUGAUGUAGCAGACGACCAGAAACUAUCUUGUGAUAUUCUCCAAUGGAUAGUACGAGAUGGGAAACCCCUGGAUUCAGAACUUCGACAAAAUCUACUGGUGCCCAUUAUGACCUGGGAUAACACCUUGAAGUUACUCCCGUGUCGUGACUGUACUUUCUGUGAUGCGACCUGGUUAAAGAAAGGAGGGUCAGAAAUUCCAAUCAUAAGUCAAUUUCCUAUGAUCCAUGACACCAUUUCCACAAGGGUUGCUCAGCUAUUGGGUGUCCCACCAAUUAGCACACGUGUCACGUGUGCAGAAGCACUUGGAAUCGAACAGACAGGUCCUCAUGAGCCAGUAACCACCAGACUUCAUAACAUCCUGGACGAAUACAAAGAAGGUGUGGGAGUUUUCAGAGAACUUGUCCAGAAUGCAGAUGACGCUGGUGCAUCCGAAGUCCAAUUUGUUCUUGAUUGGCGCAGCCACCCAACGAAAAGGCUCCUGGCAGCCGGUAUGGCAGAUUGUCAAGGUCCCGCACUACUGGUGUAUAACGAUGCAGUCUUCACGGAUGACGAUUUAAAGAAUAUAUCAAAAUUGGCAGGUGCAACAAAAAAGGAAGACCUUGAGAAAAUAGGCCGCUUUGGUCUCGGUUUCAGUUCGGUUUAUCACUUCACGGAUGUACCGAGUUUCGUUACCAGAAAUUAUGUUGUAUUCUUUGAUCCACACACAAGCCAUCUACAGCGGCACAUAGAGAAUCCUUCUAAGCCUGGAAUAAAACUGGAUCUGGAAGUGAACCCGGCAAAUUUAAUGUACUUCCCUGAUCAGUUUGCACCUUUUGAUGGACUGUUUGGUUGUGAAACGAAUUUGUCAAGCAUCCGUAGUAACUUCUAUUUCGAAGGCACUCUGUUUCGAUUUGCUUUUCGAACAAAGAAAGGAGAAAUCAGCGAUAAGAUUUACAGUAAGGAGGAGAUUCAACGCCUUGUUCGUUCUUUUGAAGAAUCAUCAUCAAGUCUGCUUUUGUUUGCCCAAAACGUUAAAAAGGUGACAUUUCUGGAGAUAAAAAAGAAUUCUUCUAGUCCCACUUCUCAGCAAGUGCUGUAUGAAAUUUGCAAGGAAACAGUCGACCUUCAUCAAGGCGAAAAGACAUGCAGGAACGUACCUACCUUUCUUCAGUCAUGUGCGACGUGGACAAGGCAAACGACUGGUCAGAACAGUUCUCUGAUUAAGACUCCACCCUCUCCAAAGCAGUCAGAGUUGGUAACGAUUUUUUCAAAGGCGACCAGUGACAAAGGAACGAAAAGGGAGGAAACCUGCACCUGGCUUGUCACCUCUUGUCUGGGAACUGGACAUUCAUUUCAACUGGCAACAAGCGAAGAAGGCCGGAAACAGGGGCUGCUAUCAGCUUCUGGAAUAGCAGGGAGGAUUUCCAUUAAAAGUGACAAACUAAAAACGAGCUUUUCGAUUCUAGAGCCUGUUUGUGGGGAGGUCUUCUGUUUCCUACCACUGUCUAUUCCAAGUGGUCUACCAGUGCAUGUAAACGGUUACUUUGCCGUCACGUCAAACCGGCGGGGGAUUUGGGAAAGCACCACAGCCGAAGGUGAGAGUUCCCAACCUUUAGAAGUGAGAUGGAACAGACGCCUUAUGGAGGAUGCAGUAUCGGAAGCCUAUAUAAAUUUUCUAGAGGAUAUCAUUCUCAUGCAAAGGAAAGGAACGAUUCCUUUAUGCGAAAGCUUUGCGCUUUGGCCCAAUCCAGAAGCACUUCAAUCAUCCGUUUGGACGACGCUUGUCAAGAGCGUUUAUCAACGAAUUAGCAGCUCAGGCCUUCCUUUAGUACACCUAGAAGGAAAAUGGCUUCCAGUUAAGCAGUGUAUUUAUCAAGAUGCAAAAUUACAAAAGCUUUGUAACAGUGAAACUAUCCUUGCAAUGUUUGGCUAUAAAGUAGUGCAACUUCCUUUCUUCGCAAAGAAAGGUUUUAAGCUGGCUGGAUGCGAGCAAAUAAUCGAAGAGCGAACGAUGUCACAGGAAAAGUUUCUGAAGGAGGUUUUUUUCCCUAACAUAUCUAGGAUUCCUGAUAAUUUACGGAAUCCUAUUGUUUGCCACAUGAUAGACCAAUGUCUACUAGGACACUCGCGUAUUCAAUCUGAUCCUCUAAGAAGCCUCUACACUUCCCUUCUUUCAAACAACCGAUGCAUACCCUGCGGACUAUGUGCUAAGGAUUUAGCAUUUCCAAAGGAACUCGUUAAUCCCAGUGGUGCCGCCGCAGUUCUGUUCACAUCAGAUGAUAAACGGUUUCCCGUUGGCACGUGCUAUCAAAGCAAAGAGCGCCUUCUUAUGCUUCAAAACCUGGGUAUGGUCAAUGACGUCCUCGACUGGAGCACCCUGCUUGAAAGAGCAAAGACGGUACCACUGCUCUGGAAAGGAAAAACUGAGCAAGACGCUCGAACAAGGGUUUCAUGUCUUGUGAACUACAUAAAUGCCAAUUUUACAAAACUAGAGCUCCCCUCGAAACCAGUCGAGACAGAACUUAGAGGAAUCAGAAUGUUUCCUGUCCUAAAAAAGCCUGCAAACUACCCAAUGCAAUGGAAAGGGUCCAAUGAUGGAAACGUUUUGCUUCCAGCAGAUGAAAUGUAUGGCGAGGAAUUUAAGUUUGUCGUAGGAUCAUUAAGAGCGAUCCUUGACGAAAGCGAGAGUCAUGGUUGUGGACAGCUCAGUAAAGAAGCGCGAGAUCUCUUUGGAUUCAGCUGUCGUAAACCAACUGUCCAAGAAGCCCUUGCUCAGCUGAAUCGUGCUAUUGAAAUCACAACAGAAGGUUCAACUGCAGCACACUGCUUGGAAGAAGUUUCGCAUCGUAUUUAUGGCUACCUUCAAGAACUUCUUUCAAAACCUGAAGGUGAGAUCAUUGUUCAGGAGUUGGGCAACAAACCUUGGAUUUUAAUCCAAGGAAAAUUUCUUUCACCUUCUCAGCUCGCCUUUACUUGGAGAGGAAACGGCGAACCUUACCUUUUCGAAGUGUCACAGACUCUAGCUGAGAAUUACGGACGCCUUCUCCGUGAGACAGGAGUAAGAGACUGUUUCGGUCCAAGUGACAUCGUGAGUACCCUUUACAAGCUCAGUGAGGCUAAACAUGGUACACCUUUGUCAUCUGCGGAAUUCAGAGUCACGCGUUCGUUAAUUGAAGAGCUACUAGAAGCUCCACACAGUGUCCUUAAAAUGGAAAAUGGCAACAUCCCUCUACCGGACCACAAUUUGGCUUUACAUCCAGCAAAGGAGUUAGCCAUUAACGAUGCGCCGUGGGUAACUUCAAUGGGGAAUACCGCAUAUGUCCAUGAGUACGUUCCCAUUGAAUUUGCAUACAAGUUGGGGGCAAUCGACAUUCGAUCAAAGAAACUAGCUAAAAUAUCACGUCCGAUCGGUAAACCAUUUGGCCAGAGGGAAGAGCUUACCGAUCGUUUAAAAGGCAUUUUAAAGUCAUACCCUUGUGACGUUGGGAUCUUGAAAGAACUCGUUCAAAACGCUGACGAUGCUGGGGCAACUGAGAUACACUUUAUUUAUGAUCCCCGAAACCAUCCCACGGACCAGCUGUUGAGCGACAAUUGGAAAGAACUACAAGGACCUGCCUUGUGCGUUUACAACAACCGACCCUUCUCCGAAAAGGAUUUGGAUGGGAUACAGAGACUAGGAAUUGGAAGCAAAUCUGAAGAUCCAACAAAGACAGGACAAUAUGGCAUUGGUUUUAACGCAGUGUACCACCUCACUGACUGUCCAAGUUUCAUUUCAAAUGGAGACACCCUUUGUAUCCUUGAUCCUCACUGUCGCUAUGCUCCUAGGGCGACUAAAGAGAAUCCAGGACUACUCAUUGGACCAAUUCGACAAGAAGAACGGUCCGAUUACAGAGACGUAUUUCCUUGUUAUCUUGAAGAUCACUUCGAUUUAACAUCUGCUACAAUGUUCCGUUUCCCUCUCAGAAACAAGGAAAUGUCCGUGAAAUCAUCGAUUUCAACAGAGCGGGUUACUCAUGAUCACAUGACGACAUUUAUGAAUCUGUUUACCGUUGAAGCAAAAGAAAUACUUCUCUUUUUGAAUCAUCUACAGAAAAUAACGCUUUCUAAAAUUGAAGAGGGACAGCUGAGAGCCAUAUACUCGGUUUCUGUUCAAUUAACAGAGGAGGAUACCUCAAAACGCACAAUGCUUUCAGAACACAUCAAGAAAUCCAAAUCGUCCAAAACAAAAGACAUUGAAUGGCUCGGAAUUACAUACCCCCUGAAGGUGGAAGACACGAUUAGAGAAGAAAAAUGGAUCAUUCAUCAGUCCGUUGGUCUGACGACCAAUGAUUUAGAUGACAAUGUUCCGGAUGGUCGACCAUAUGGUCUUCUACCUCGAGGUGGCAUAGCAGCCAAGGUAUCAGAGAAGUCAAAGUUUUCAUCAUCAUCAUUCACUAGGAGGAUGGAGACUAAACAUAAAGCGUUCUGUUUUCUGCCUUUGCCAUUAAACACCGGACUUCCUGUUCAUGUUAAUGGCCAUUUCUACCUUGAUUCUGCCCGACGUAAUUUGUGGUGUGAUGAAAAUGAAGAAGGGUUUGGAAGCACGUGGAACCGUUUUCUAAUGACAAAGGUAUUGGCUCAGGCAUACGUCUCGUUGAUGUUGGUGGCUCGUGAUUUCCUUCCUGGAAUGAAAAUGGAUGAGGCAGGUUGCUUUUCCAAAGAGUACUACGUCCAUGAAGGAAUGCGUUGGUAUCAUCAACUCUUUCCUCAUUUUGAUUUAGUCUCAAGUCAGUGGACCAUUCUGGCGGAGUCGGUAUUUCGGAAGAUUUCCAGUCAAGAUGAGAGGUUAGUCCCCAUGUUAAAGAAAGAACCCUAUCAAAUAUCGCCAGACUGUCAACCUGAUAGUCAAAUGUCAAGUGAAAAUAGCGGUAAAGAUGUGACGCGGUGUUAUUGGCUAACUCUGUCACAGGGUUUCUUCAACACCAUAACGAUUGCAACUAAAUCAGAUGUCAAAUUUUUUGAGAUGUUAGUGCAAAUGGGUUUUAAGCUUCUCUACUCGUCCGAAAGACUGUUCAAUGACUUCAGAAAGGCAGGUGUUAAAGUAAGGCAGAUUCUUCCUGAGAGUGUUCUCCAAUUUCUUAAAGAAAAUCCAGCUAAUGUGGGAAAACUUCCUUGUCACGUUAGCAAGACGAAACUUGAGUCGGUGGUAGGUGUUCUUAGUCUUUUAACUUACUGCAUGAAGGCUCCUAAGUUUGCAGAAGAAAUGUUUGGGUUACCUUUGUUGCUGACAGAGGACAGCGUUCUCAGGUGUUUUCAAGAAGAUGAAGCAGUGUUUCUGAGCCUUUUUGCUGAUUUGGUUCCUAACGAAAGUUUCCUAUUUAUCCACCACACUCUUGCUAAAACUUUACUUCGCAUCGAGGAAGAAAUCAUCACCGCAGAUCAACGCGUACUCAAGCAAUUUGACCUCUCCGCGUUAGCGUCACUACUCCCCAGCAAUGAAAGUGCCAGUUGGUGUCAAACAGAUGACAUCGUUACGUGGGAUAUCUCCAAAGGGCCUUCAGAAAAAUGGCUACGACGACUUUGGGAGUUCAUAAUCAAGGCUCACAAAAAGAACCCGACGGCGUUUUCCCUUGACCCCUUGAGCAAAUGGCCAGUCCUACCAACCAAGUCGGGCAAGUUAGCUCCUCCCUCAAAAGGAAAAGUUAUCCUUGACUUGACAAAUCCAGAAACGUGGUCUUCUGGCCAAGAACACGUCGUAAGACUGUUACUUACACUUAAUUGCCAAGAGGUUGAUGACAAACUGAUCAGCAGUAGUGAUAUGCAGGAUGUAUCGCCAAUACUCAAACAGCAUCUGUCUCAACCAAACUCUUCGGAGGAUAUUCUCAGUGUGUUAGGCCACGUGAUGAAAGAAACGGACAUAUCUGGGAAGUUAUCUGACGAUGAUAUGAUCUCUAUUUUGCAGUUCCUUCAAGAAGAUGUAACGUCGUUGAAAAGGAGCCUGCAUUUAUCAACUUUAAAGCGACUGCCAUUUUUCAAGACGUUUCAUGGAAUAUUUGUGACCCUUGAAAAUGUUUCGUCAAUUUAUGUCGUCCCAACAGGGCUACCUAAGAAGGAAUCAGAUGUCUGGAUGACGGGGAAUAACUGUUUGUUCUUGGCACCUGAACCAAGGCUUAACCGUCUUUAUCAAGAGCUAUUAGGUGCAGGGGAGAAGACUCACACAGACUGUUACAUCAACUUCAUCUUCCCAAAGUUUCCAGAACUUGAGCAAGAAACUCGAAUGCUUCACCUAAACUACGUUAGACGAUUUCUACUUCAAUCAUUCCUCAAUGAAAGCCAACGUCCCAGGAUAAUACAUUCUUUACAAAGCUUAGCUUUCAUUCCAGACGCGUCUGGUAUACCGCGCACAGCGUCUCAUUUUUAUGACCCGGGAGUGAAAGUUUUUGCAGUGAUGUUGGGUCCAAAUUCAAAGCCACCACAACCAUUUGAUGAGCAUUCUGGCUGGCUAGCACUCCUUCGUGAAAUUGGGUUGAAGCAAGAAGUAAGCAAAGAUCUCUUUUUAACUUUUGCCAACGAAGUGGCAACACAAGGAGGACACACAAACAAGUCAAGUCGUCCUGCGUUAGAAAAGAAGUCUAAGGCGCUGGUAAAACACCUUUUGAGGGAGGAGUCUCUACAUGAUGAAAUGUUCCUAUGCAAUCUCUCUACAAUUAAAUUUGUUGCCUCUCAAAAGGCAAGUGAUGAGCUAGUCAUUCUUCACAAACAGUAUUUAGUUGACAGUGGAAAUAUAGAGCAGCUUCCACCUUUUGCUCAUUUUAAGAAUUCAACACCACAAGCUUUUGAGAGGCUGGUUUGGACAACAGCGUGUCUUUUACCUUCCUGGGCUGUUCCGGACAACACGUCUUUAAAGCUUUCAAAACUACAAGUUUGCCAGAAGCCCACUUUAGAUCAAGUCAUGGACAAUGUGGUAAAUCUGUCAAGGAAUCUUGCUAAGAGAGAAGAUCGAGACCAACCAGAACCACGACGUCGACUGCUGAGUCAAGUUAUGGUUGAAGUGUAUACGUUUCUCACAAAAUCGAGCAAUUGCGGGGCAAAGGAUUCUUCUGAGUCACACACACCAGCCUGUGUAACAAUCACCAAGCGGCUUUAUUGUAGUCCUUGCAUUCUUGUAGAAGGUGGGCGCGUUUUCGUUCGCUGUGACCAGUUGGCCUAUGAUCUUGAUGAAGAACUACCUCCAUAUCUAUAUAGAGUCCCCAGAGAAUACGGAGCUUUCGAGCACUUGUUCAAGCGACUCGGAGCAAUGGAAAAAGCAACUCCGGUGCAGUUUGCAAAACUCCUGAAUCGUCUUAAAGAGUCAUGUGGUGAAGAGAAGAUGCAUGCCAACGAGAUGACAAUCGCAAAGCAUGCUGUGUGUCGCCUUUUUUCUACUUUAUGGGCCUGGCAAGAGAAACAUAAGGAGGAAAAGAGAUGCCCAGACAAUCCCCUUUCUGCCAUCAAGAGGCUCUAUCUUCCAAACGAACAACAAAAACUUCAAAGUUCGACAGAUUUGGUCUUGUUUGACUGUCCUCGGUACCGUGGCCGCGUCCGGGAAUGCAAAUAUCAGUUCCUCGAUUGCUUAACGAAAUAUAACUUAAAUUUUGCUACUCCUGCUCAACUUGUUGAUCUUCUACCAAUUGACCUGCAAACAACAUCGUUGGCAUCACUAGUGAGGGAGCAACUUCAACCGGACUGCAAAGAUAAGAAGUGCCGAGCUGAUGUGGAGCAGAAAUGCCAAGCUACAAAUCUACUUCGUCAAGUAGUCUUUUCACCUCAGCUUGUGGAUGGUGUUUUGAGAAUACUUAAGUACCAGUUUCAGAAAGCCAAGUUGGACGAGAAAGUUCGCAACAAAGUUUGUAGCUUUCAAAAAGAACUAGGCAUGAGUUGCAUGGAAGUAUUGUCCACUGAAUUAAUAGAGAUUGAAUCAAAUACACCGAUCCCAAAGAGCCAACGUUCGAAGCACAUUCAGUGUUUCGUGGGUGAGGAAAAUGGCACAAAGCACAUAUUCAUCAAACAUGGCGCCGAUCCUAGUAACGUUCGCAGGGUUCUGUGUAAAGAGAUAAACCAACUGACUGGAUGUUACAUUAGUGAAGAAAGCUGGCUGCAUCUGGCCGCCAUUUUAGACUGCAAAACACCCGACGACAUUCCAUCCACUUUAGACAACGCUGAUGUGGCAGAAGACGUGGAGGGAAGUGCCACACAACAAUUAGAACCAGACCUUGGCUCGGUAGUUCCAGAAGAAUUACACUACCUUCUUGUACAAUUUGACGAUUUUUAUUUUCGGACAGGGGAAUUUGUUGCGUUUGAAAGGGAAGACUCCACAGAUGAAGAACCAAAGUACAUUUACGCAAGGAUCAUCCACCUCCUCAAAACGUCACAUCCUGUCAAACCGAGAAAAGAUCGGACGAAGAGGAAGCAAAAAGGAGAAAACAAUUAUCUAAGCAGGUAUCUGAUAGAUAUUGGACAGGAGAGAAAGGAGGUGGAUGUGUUAAAUCUGUACAAGAUAAAGCGGCCACCAAAACAGAAUCUUGACGAGGAGGAUAAAAUGCAAAAUGAACCUGUUUCAGAGUCAAUGGAGCUUGUGCCUUACAGUGGGAAUAGUGAACAAAGCAAGAAAUCUAAAGCGCAACCGUCGGCAUCAUCCCAAGGUGCAGCAGAAAGCUCCAAACCGACAACGUUGGAAGAUGCCUUUAAAGAAGUUCGGAAAGCCUUGAAAGAAAUCUGGAAGCUUCCAGAGGAUAAGAGGAAGAAAGCUCUAAGACGACUCUACCUCCGCUGGCAUCCGGAUAAGAACAUGGACAUGCAAGACAUUGCAAAUGAAGUCAUGAAGUUUAUUCACAACGAAGUUGACCGAUUAAAUAAGGGCGGGUCAGGAAGUCAUGAAGAUGACUUUGCAGGCGCACGGCCGGAUUUCUCGGACUUUUUUAGGAACUGCAAUCAGAGGGCUCGGCGAGAGCGUUCAAGCUGGGAGAACUUCCGUCGCAGUAAUCCGGGUUUCUCAGGCUUCGCGUACUCGUCAUCAUCCAGGAGACGUUACACAGGACGCGACCCUACCCUGUCUAGGAUUUGGAUGAGUCAAAGCAGAGAGGACCUUCGUUCCGUGAAGCACCUCUUGACCGCUCGAGAUCCACUGUACUACCUAGUGUGUUUCCAGUGCCAUCAAGUUGCCGAGAAAGCUCUCAAAGCAGCACUGUAUGCACUAUCAGGAGUCGCGGAGAGCCAGCUUAGCAGCCACGACUUGGUGAAAUUGGCCUAUGACUUGUCCUUGUUGCCAGGAGCCCCGGAUGUAACUCCACAGGUUGCCAAGCUGUCCUCUUAUUAUGACACCACUAGGUACCCCAACAAAUACAGGCCAGCGAGGGCUCCAGCCGAAGUGUUCACAGAUUCUCAGCAAGCUCAAGAGGCCUUCAGAGUAGCCACGGAUGUCUUGGAUACGCUUGCACGGUGCUGAAGACUUUAACCGCCCUCCGCACUCCCUGGACCCUUAAGGUCUAAAAUUGUAAGGGCACUGACUGAAACUUUAGACCUAGAGGGCCUAAAUUUUUCGAAGAAGUUAAAAAACAGUGGCCGUUAAAAAAAAGGCUAUGUUAAUUGUAUAAUCAGUUUGACAGGACUAGAUACUAACUAGCGCUAUAAUCGCAUUAAAGAAUUCUCUUUCUACCGUGAAAACUAAAUUAAUGAAAACAGAUCAAAAAGUUAAAUGUCUUUACUAAUCACCUACAAGGGGCUAAAUAGAGCAGUUUAGUUCGUAGAUACGUUCCUACUGAAAGAUCAAAAUAUUCAACCAAGUAUUGACUAGAUGGUCUAUGCUCAAUAUUAUCACCUAUCAUACUAACAUCGACAAAGAAAUUAUUGAAUUAUUUACUUUCUACAGCAUAGACGUAACCUUAAGUUCAUUAAUAGUAGUUUUAAAUAGAAGCUCACACAAAGCUUAUCACUUAGCAGCUUUUUUCUUGUUGUUUUUUAUAAGAAAUGAUUCUGAACCACCGUUUUAAUUAAGUUACUCUUUUUCUAAUAGUUUCUAACAAACUUUGUAAAAAGGGUCAAAUUUCAUGCUUUGAGUGCUAUAUUAAUACAGUUUUCGUGUUACCCUUCAAAGUUAAGGUUCACGUCGUUAGUGCCAGUUCGGUUUAAUCGCUUUUUUCAAUCAUUUUCGUAGUUUAAGGAGAACAAUACUAAUACCUAUCAAGGGUAUUUCCUGUUCGAAUUAGCCGUUUUGUUCUUCUACCAUAAAACUAGCGUGGUGAUAUGCUCACACAGCAGAAGUUGAGGGAAUAGAGCUUAUGCUUUGUUAUCACUUAAUCAGGACAACGUUGUUUAAAAUAUAAUUUGACUAGUGAGAUUCAGACAUUUGGAAAAGUUCUUUCUCUCUUUUAUGCAAAAUUUGAGUAAUCAAAUGUCUCUGCGGUGAAUACAUUUGCGUUGAUGUAGUAAAGGCAUAAUUGUGCUACAUUAAAAAUGCCUGUUAAUUAUUUGGUACUGUGUUUUAGAGCUCUCAGAGCCAUCUUGCAGAUGAAAAUGACUGUAUGUUCUUUCGUUAGACUUUUUUAAAUAAACUUUUUGUUCUACACUGCUAGCAGGUGUCUAUCCAGAGAGAAAGAAAUAGCUAAGAAAAAGAUUGAAAUUCUAAUUGGACCUCCUGGAAUGAUGCCUUUACUAUUAAAGAAACCUCUAUCAUUGUUAGAAGGGGAGUCUGGUUAUGAAAGCCGGCAAACAUUAAAGUUGAAAACAACGGCGCUGUAGUUUAUGUUGGGAGCUCCCUGACCGUGCACAAUCCUUUGCUUUUGUUCACAAUUUGUGACUGAAUAAAUUAAUGCGAUGUUUCUAUUGGUCAUUAAGUUCAAAAUGAUAGGAAUGCUAUUGAACGUUGUGCACGGUCAGGUUCAAAGAAGCUGACAAAAACAUAUAACAAAGGAGAACUAACGGGUUUCAUAACCACUCCACUUUAAUAACUAUGCCUCUAUCUAUAACAAAACAGGAUGAGGACCCUAAAACUAAAAAAGAAGAAGAACAAACCUGGGGCUACUGCCAUGUAAGGGCUACAAGACUUUAUGUGGGCUAUAUAUAGGUAUGUGCUGCUGAGAAGGGAAUGGUUUUCAAGCAAGCUGUUUAGUCUGGGAUAGGGUAUAGAAAUCAGAAAAGAAUAGGGUAUCAUUUUCAAGAAAACUGAUCAAUUAGUUGAAGAUUUUAGGCUAGACUCGGGUAACCGGGAAUUGCCAGUC